GUUAGAAAGUGAUACCCAGAAAACGCUUUAACUAACAGAAAGAACAAGAAAAAACAAAAAAUCCCAAAUCCAGAAAAAAGAAUUUUUCACCAUUUCUCUGUGCUUUAAAUUCCAUCAAAAUUGAAAUUAUUAAAUCAACCAAUUUAAUUACUUUAUUAUUGGUUCGUAAAUGGCAUCUCAAUCAGGUGAAUUGGUAGAGACAUACACUCGUGUUUGGUAUCUUUGUUGAGGAGUUGCAGUCGAUCCUGAGUUUUGGUUCGGAAGAAAAAGGUAUAUAUAAUGGCGGAUGGCAGUGAGUAUAUUGAACUCAAAUUCAGAAUAUACGAUGGAACAGAUAUAUGUCAUUGCAGCUAUGUGUCAUCAAGUACUAUACUUUCUCUUAAGCAAAAGCUUGUCUCUGAGUGGCCUCAAGGUAAAUCUAUGGUACCCAAAACUUCGAACGACAUAAAGCUUAUACAUUUGGGUAAAGUUUUGGAGAACAAUAAGACACUAUCAGAAUCCGGGGUACGUGAUGGUGCCUUUGCAGGAGGAGUGAUCACUAUGCAUGUUGUUAUUCAACCCGUUAUAGCCAAAAAGAACUCAGCCAAAAAACAAGAUGAUACAGGAAAAUUGAAUUCUUGUGGAUGCACAAUUCUAUAGAUCUGUGAGUGGGCUCGGCUGUGUGAUUAUAUGAAGUUGCAGAUAUUUGGAAGUGGCAUGACAUUUGAGUUGGGAUCUUGAAUGAUGUCGGGAUUCGAGUGGUUUUCUUAGUACUACAUAAUGUUGCUCUUGUUGUAAUGGGUUUAUCUUUUUCUUGUAUAUUGAAAUCCCUUUGGGAUGGGUUAUUUAUGAAGUGUGUAAGAUUGGACCAACUUUAGGCCAAAGCUUACUAACCCAAAGCAUGUAGAGCAAAAGUUUGUUUUAAGGAGUUUACAUUUUCAUUGUUUUAUAAUGAAUUUGAAUUCAUUUGGAGAUACUAAA